AUGACCGUCCUAGUUGGUCCAUCGCGCAGGAGGCGCUGCGGCCGCGGCGGCGGCCCCGCCGCCCGGCCGGCAGCAGAGCUGCUCCCGCCGAAUGCUUCUGGCUGGCUCCAGGCCCGGCCCCCGGCUUCAGGGGCCUCGGGCGUCGUAGGCGGCGUAGGCUCUCGCGAGCGCCCUGCAGCCUUCGGCCCGGCCGUGCCCCCGGGCUCAACGUCCCGGCGCGGCAGGCCCCCGCGGGCUGCGAGCCGGCGGGCUCGCCCGCCUGACCGCGCACGCAGCGCAGCCGAAGGGCGUCCUGGCCCAUCUACCGUGUCCGUUGCGCGCGGCGAGCUUCCGGGCUUUCCGCGCUUGCUCGCUUCCCUGACUCCCCUGCCGGCGGGGCCGCCAGCCGACGCGCCUCCGUCCCUCGGGCGCCCCGCGUGCUUAGGCUCUGACGAGUGCACGGCUGUGCCGGCGCAGGCCCAGCGGCGGGCGUGCGGGCGGGCGCGGCGCGGCCUGGCCCUCCGGGUCUGUGCUCCGAAAGCCCCCCAGCUACGCCCUGCCGUUGGUCGCCUCCAGGCGGCUCGUGCUUUCCCAUGCUCCCUCCUGCCAAGCCCUGAACCCGCUCCCCUCGCGGCGGCAGCCCGCGUCGGCGUGCCGCGACCCGCUCGCCCCGCGCGCGGACGUUCCGGGUCACGCGCGCGCGCGUGA